AUGGAUGAUGUCGAUUUGCGACAGAAAAUCCUCCAGCGUACCCUUCAGGAGGUAGCUGAUGAGGAAAAACAAGCAGUCGCUAAUCCUUGUGUUAUUUGCCUUGACACUAUCACCGAGCCAUGUGUGGCACAGCCAUGUCAUCAUGCCAACUUCGACUUCCUCUGCCUUGUUAGCUGGCUAGAGCAACAGCAGAAAUGCCCUCUAUGCAAAGUCGACCUGACAGCCGUUCAAUACGAACUCAAAGCCCCGCAAGGUCCAAAGCUAUACAAGCUCCUACCCCCGAGCGCAACACCUCCCGCAGUUCCAUCUGUAAUUCGGUCACAGAGAGGCUCUCGAAAUGGCCCACGAGGAGCAAGACGUCCGCCAGGCCCGCCGCAACCACCGCCAGACGAUCCACUCCAGCGCCGGCGCGACGUCUAUCGCAACCAAACAUACUCUAUGAGAGUCGGAUCCAAUCGCCUGUCUCAAUAUCGAGAACUGACACCAGAGCUUUUCAAUCGCGAUGAGGAGCUUGUCUCGCGUGCUCGGAAGUGGAUUCGCCGUGAACUACGAGUCUUUGCUUUCUUGAAUCCAGAGAUGGAGGAAGAGCAGCGCAUACCCCAGCAGGUCUCCCGACCUGGGACCCAACGGCUGGAGAACCGCAGGGCAAAUAAUGCCGAGUUCCUUCUUGAAUAUGUGAUUGCUAUCUUGCGGACAGUGGAUCUCAAAGGCAGUGCAGGACAAGCGGAGGAGCUCUUGCGCGAUUUCAUCGGACGAGAGAAUGCCUGUCUUUUCCUCCACGAGUUACAGGCAUGGCUGAGAAGUCCAUACAAUUCUUUGGUAGACUGGGAUCGUCAUGUUCAGUACCCGAAUGGUCUGCAGAGCACAUCCGAUAGAGAACCUAGAGAUGCACAUCGUUCGGAUCGUAGACCGAACCCUACACAAAACCGCGGCAGGGGGCAGGCAUCCCGACGACCUUCUUAUAGGCCCCGAUCUGAUGAUCCAGAGGGUCGCUCUCAGCGGCUGCAGCAGGCUCAGCAACGAUAUCAUCCAUAUUGA